AUGCCGUCCGGGCAGCGCGCGGGGGCUCGGCCGGUGCUCAGCCAGCAUUGCCGCGCAGCCAGAGCAGCCGCCUUCCUGCGGCAGGUUGGGCGAGGGGUGCAGGCGGCGGCCGGGUUUCCUUUGCGCGUGGUGGCCGGGGCGGGUCAGGAUGGGCUGCAGCCUGACCUCCUGCCCGGCCCCAUUGUGCUGCGCUGCCUUCCCUUUCCUACGCCCGCGCCGGCUGCCGUGAAGUUCAUGCGGGAGGUGACCCCCUACAUCAAGAAGCCCUCGCUGGUGUCGGACCUGCCGUGGGAGGGGGCUGCCCCGCAGUCGCCCAGCCUGAGCGGCAGCGAGGACUCGGGCUCCCCCCAGCACCAGGGCCCCCGCGACCGCAAGGUGAUCCCCCUCAAGAUGUGCUUCGCUGCCAGGAACCUCAGCAUGCCCGACCUGGAGAACAGACAGGUUCCCUCUCCGGCUGCCGACGGCAUCGGAGGUGCCAUCAUGAUGGAGAAGCCCAACGUGCGGUGGAGUGACGUGGCCGGCCUGGAGGGAGCCAAGGAAGCUCUGAAGGAAGCCGUGAUCUUGCCCAUCAAGUUCCCACACUUGUUCACCGGGAAGCGCACGCCCUGGCGAGGGAUCCUGCUCUUCGGGCCCCCCGGCACCGGCAAGUCCUACUUGGCCAAGGCCGUGGCCACCGAGGCCAACAACUCCACCUUCUUCUCCGUGUCCUCCUCGGACCUGAUGUCAAAGUGGCUGGGAGAGAGCGAGAAGCUGGUGAAGAACCUCUUUGAGCUGGCGAGGCAGCACAAGCCCUCCAUCAUCUUCAUCGACGAGGUGGACUCGCUGUGCGGCUCCCGCAACGAGAACGAGAGCGAGGCGGCCCGGCGCAUCAAGACGGAGUUCCUGGUGCAGAUGCAGGCCCCAGGCCCUGACUACAACCCCCAGCCUGCCUGGGGAGCAGCCGGGCAGGGAAAGGCGGAGAGGAAGGGCCAGGAGCCGCGCUGA